AUGUCAGACCCCAAGCUUGCGCCCUUCAGCCUGCACACUACGACAUAUAAAAUCGUGCAAGGCGUUGAAUUUUCAACCCACAUUCUCAUUCCAAAAUCCAUCGCUGCCUCCACAACACCGGGAAAAUAUCCAAUUCUUGUAAGAUUUCACGGAGGAUAUUUAGUCACAGGCUCAGCACUCUACACAGAAUGGCUUCCGAAUUGGGCUAUCGAUCUCGUGGUGAAGAAUGAGGCCAUCCUUGUUAUGCCUGAUUAUCGAUUAUUGCCUGAAGCUAGUGGACAGGAGAUUUUGGAGGAUUUGAAGGAUUUUUGGGGGUGGCUUGCGUCUGGCGUUAAUGGACUCUCGACAUAUCUUUCAAGGCUGAACGGUAAGCUUUCUGUGGAUUUUGUAAAGGUGGCGGUUUAUGGUGAAAGCGCCGGAGGAUAUCUGGCUAUCCGCAGCUCUCUUUUUCCUCAAGAUUUCUGGGGACAGAGGGAGGGAUUCAAUGGUCCGAAAGCAGUUAUUGCAGCGUAUCCUAUGACGCUUCUGAGUAAGGAAUGGUAUUCCGUGGCUAGCGAGACAAAAAGUCCUUUUGGAGUUCCACAGUUGGAUGAGGGAUUUCUGAAUGAUCAUAUUGCUGAUAUAGGCAAAGGGGGCGAGAAAAUUGUGAUUAGUGCAGACCCGCCUGCGAGAUUGGAAAUCGCGGUUACGAUGGUGCAGAGAGGGAGGUGGACGGAGAUUUUUAAGAGAGAUGGAGAGGAGGGACUGUGGUUGGAGGAUGUUAUUGAGAACGUGAAUGUGAAGGAGGAGAAGAGACCUUAUUUGUUGACGUUUCAUGGGACGAAGGAUACCGCUGUUCCAUGGGAAGAUACCAAGGAGUGGGUGGAGAUUUAUGGAAAGAAAUUUGGAGAGGAUAGAGUGACGGGUGUUUGGAGGGAGGGGAUGGAACAUGGGUUUGAUGGGUCUAUGGAUGAAGAGAAGGGGGAGGCAGAGUGGCUGAAAGAGGAAUUAGCAGUGGUUAAGAGGGAGUGGUUGAGGAACUAA